AGUAAUGACACUGUAUAAUUAUACAGUUCCCGUCAUACUGCACAAACAGUUCUUGUGUUGGCGUGAAUUUCGUCACCUUCUCUGGAAGUUGUAUGGCUUGUGAUACCGUCGGUUUUCGGGUGAGUGAUCGGUUUGUGCAAGCUCGAUUUACCGGUACUAUCAUGACAUGCUAUAGAUCCUGUAUAUGUUGAUUAUGAAUUAUAUAAGUCUUCAUACAUGCCAGCUCGUAGUGAACGGUUUUGUUAUAUACUUCUUUGCUUCAUUAAUAUAUGGGAAGUUUUGUGAAAUUAACUCUCCGUGCUUGAACUCGCAGUGAAUUCUAAGUGAUAUAACAGUGCUCUGAUAGUGUGUGCCAGUGUGUGUAAUGUCUUGCAAGUGAGGAACUUAACAGACGACCCCAAGUGGACCAGAUAACGUUGCAGCAAAAAGACCGGCUUAGAAGACUUCGAUUAUGGAAUCACGGCAGCAGGAAGACGGCGCUAACUAGAGGAGUAAGCCAGCCACCAAACGCGCAAACUGGAGGACAUUCUCUUAUACUCUUACAAUUGGACCUGAGACUGAAUCGGAAGAGGUCAGAGGCUCCAGUCUGUAACGGCUGCUGAAGAAGUCAUCCGUGUAAACGCAAACCUCCGCCCUCCGGGAUUUUCCUGCUUGCUGCUUCUGACAGUUCCGGUCUUCUCAAAUAGGACCUUCACGGUGGUUCACAGUGACAACCUGCAGACAUUCACUCGGGGCAUGGAUCCAGUAGCAGAAUCAUCACAGAGAUGCGCUGCUGUCAUCAUUCCGGUACAUGGUUCUGCCUGGGGCGUCUUUGCCUCAUAACCAGAAAAUAGGCCGAUUUACAUCGAAAUCGUUUUAAGGAGUAUGCGACAGGAAACCAACCCUCCUCCAUACUUCGCAUCAGUGAAUGACACCUGCAGUACCGUACUUCAGGGCGCGGACGGACUUAUUGCAGGUGCCAAUGUGUUGACCCGGCCAGCAGAGGAGUUCGAUAAUGAUCCAUCAGUUGAAGCUUUGUGGGCUAUGAAGGCUUUAGAACAUGCAGAAGUGUACUUCAAUAUUUUGUGUUCAGUUGAUCCAAAACUACUCAAGCUUACUCCUCACGAUGACAAUAUCUAUAAAACUUUCCGGGAAGAAUUCCCAGAUCUCAAGGUGGAUAUAUUGGAUGAAGAGGGGUUAAAAAGCUUCGAAGCAAAGCAGAAAUGGAGACCAUUCUGUGAAAAGUUUAAAGAUGUUGUGGAAGACUACAGUUUCGGAACUCUCCUCCGAUUAGAUCACAGUGGAGAAUACUCAGAACACAAUAGCAUCCUUGUCACUAGAAUACAGUUUUAUGCUAUUGAACUGUCGCGUAACAGAGAAGGACUUAAUGACUGUAUUCGAAGCAAAUUUAAGCCUCGAAAAUCAUCCAAGAAUCAGUGAACAUGAAGUGAGUUAAAAUGGGUGCUGGAACUACACGCAGAUCUGGAAUUAACCAGACUUUCCAUGUUCAGCCUCUUUUUGUCAUUUGUGCAUGGUUGCUCUGUGGCCAGUGAGCACAGACAGUGUCUCGUAAUGGACUAAAUGCCAUAUAACUACUACUUAUCUCAUUGCUCCAAUCUGUACUCAUAUAUUAGUCACAAUUCUAAGGACAUACAUUUUUAUAAAUGGAAUUUUUUUGUCGAAGAAUAAGUACCAUUAAUUUGUGUAUUACCAAACCUAGUGGUACAUACUAUGAAACGAUUAUCACACUGUUACAUGAACAUUUUUACAUGUACAAGAAAGAUCUGUCACAGAUAAGCAGAACAUGUUGAAAUUAUUUUUCAUUACAGUUCCAUUUCAGCAUAUGUGUGUGUGAUAAAUUACAUUCAUUAUAAAAUCAGUUACAUCAGCAAAAUUAUAUCAUGGCAAGCUUAGAAGAACUUGCCUGUUUGGGUCAGUGCAACAGAAGAGAAACUGUUAAAACCCAACAGCCUUUAUAAGCAUAGCCAACUCCAUAAGAAAUUCUAAUCUGCAGAAAUGUAGGUCUUGUGGAUCAGAAUAACAAAAUUGAGGUAUGUUAUGUUAGCCAAUUACAGUGUGAUAAUACAACAUACAAGCAACUUUUGGGUCCUGAAUUAUGCAUGACCAGGAAUGAGAAUGGAAUCAUAAUUAGAGGUAGAGAUCAGAAUGAAAGUACAUGAAAAUGUCCAUGGAGCAAAAUUUAGAGAAUCUCUGACUUCUUUAUAUUCUUCUACAGCUCUGAACUCCUACGGCAAACUCUGGGCCAAACAUGCCGUAUUAGGAAUUUUUGGUAUGAAUUUUGGAUUCUGUCUAGGAUAUCUUUUGAGGUAGUAACUGAAGAUGUUUCAUAGCAUAUUUUCAGAAGAAAUAUGACUAUUUUUUAACAUAGCAUCUCUAUAAGUAUUCAGAUGGUGAUGAUAUGCAUAACACUCCUGAAGAUUUAUUGCUUGAGCUGUGAUAAGGAGCAGUUUACUUGAAAAGUUUUGCUGCAACACUGCCUGAUCUAAAAUACACUAGCAACAAUUUGUAUCAAUUAUAACUGGUAAAAAAAUUUUCCCCCUGUUAUCCAUUGGUGUUACCCAUCUUUUGACAUGCUUUUGGAUAAUGUUUUUGCUGGGCCAUCUGUUGUUUGGAUGUAUUAAUAACACUGCUUUGUUCUUAAUUCUGAGUGCCAGGUGUUUCCUGUACCAACUGUCAUCAUUCACAAGACUUCCUGAUGGUCUUCCUGGCAUAAUUUUCAGAGAAGUCAGGAUUCAAAUUUUUGAACUCUCAGAACAUUUCUAUACACAGGAAUGUGAUCAGUGAAGAACCAGUAGCACAAAAUAAACAAAGAAGGAAGAUAGAGAACUAUUCAGGACUCUAAUUUCAAAUUGCUCUCUGGGGAAUGAGCUUCAGUUGUGGCCAGUUUUUAUAUGCUGGAUAUGUAGCCUAAUAUCAUACAUGUUUGUGUGUAACCCACAACCACCCUAUACUCCAAGUGAUGUAAAUUGCUGAGCUUAUAAACAGAGGCACUGCUUGCAUGCAUAUGAUGUUUGUAUGUUAAAUUAUUGCAUGACAUUGCAUCAUUGAAGCUUUGAAUGAACAAUGGUAGGGAGAUUACUGAUGAUUAAUCAUAGCAGAAGUUGGAGAAAGCAUGUUUGGCCUCUUUUAAGAGAUAGUGGGGAAAACUGAAAAAUUUUGAGCAGGAUAUCAUUUCCAGCUGGGAUUCAACAUGGGUACCUCCUGAAUUACAAACAAGGGCUUAAAUGUUGAUUUUGAUAUUGUAACAGGAAUGAUACCAUAUAAACAAGUUCAGAAUUUAUCUUUCUUUUUUCUUUUCUUUUUUCUUUUCU